GGACCUUGUUAGAGUUAAUUGUCUUGUGUUUUAGGAGUCACGCCUGAACGUCGACAUGGAUGCUUCACUGAAAGAGUUCCUAAUAAAGCGUAACAUUGGUGAAGACGUUAUUCAAAAGCUUGAAGAUGAAAACAUUGAUAAAACUGUAAUUCCUAUGAUGACAGACAGUGACUUGGCAAAGUACAUCCCUAAAGCUGGAGAUAGAAUCUCUACUGUGGCCUUUUGCAGACAAGUCAGUACAUCAAAUCAGUCACAGUCCAGGAAAGACACUAUACUUUCAAGACUACGACAUAGGCUGUCUUCUGGUGAUGACAGUAUUCCUGCAAAGAAAAGUUCUUCAUGGAUUGGAAACUCAAAUGCUAAAAAAACACAGAGACGCAUUGAGCUUGGGUGGAUGGAUUUUGAUGAAAAAGAGCAGCGGUACAAACAAGUGAAGGCAAUAAAUGGUGGAGGAACAAGACAUCUCUCUCUAGACAAAAACAAAACGGUGAAAGAUGUGAAGGAUGAUGCUGAAAUUCUGUUUUUCCCAAAUGGUUAUUCAAAGAAACAAAAAAAACUUUCACACUACACAACUGAUAUUGAGUGCUCUCAGGUGCAUGUUGAAAUGUCCAAAACAAUAGAGCAGUUGUACAGUGAAAGCAAAGUCAGAAUACUGAGACUGUAUCUGUGUACCAAAAUGAAACCAGAAGAGCAAUCCAGUGAUGAGGAUGAAGCUGUUACUGCAGUUAUAGAUCUCAAUGACAGUGAAACAGAAAACGUAAUCAAUUCAGUGUCGUCAGUUGACUCUGAAAUUACUUUAGGAGCUUCUGAGAGUGAAACUGUGCAAAUGGAUGACACAUUACCAUGGGAUCAUUUUGAACAUCAAAUAAUUGAAGAACCAUUCCUUGCUCCUGAAACAGUAAUUAUUGUAACUGAGAGUGGCUUUGAAGUUCCACCACUAGAUGAACUAAAUCCUGAUGGUCUAAUUUCAACAAGAGAAAAUUUUCUGACCUCUCCAGUCAUUGAUGAAAUCCAGUCUGUCUCUACACCAGAAACUUUGUUGGGAGACAAUGGUGUUCCAGCUCAAAUAGGUCAUGAACUACAACCUUCUGUUGCGACACUGAUUGUGAGGAGAGGACAAUGUCUCACUGACCUUAUUAGUGCUUUUAAAAAUCCAGAUGUUAUUAAUACAGAAGUUCACAUUAAGAUGCGUUUACCAAAUGGAGAUCUUGAAGAGGGUGAAGGAAUUGGUGUAUUUCGAGACUGCCUGACUGAAUUUUGGACAGAUUUUUAUGACAGCUGCACUCUGGGGGUGGAUGUAAAAGUACCCUUUAUCAGACAUGAUUAUCAGUAUGAAGAGUGGCAAGCAGUAGCAAGAGUGUUUGUUGUUGGUUGGAAGCAAGCUAGCUAUUUACCUGUGAAACUGGCAACACCUUUUCUGGAAGAAGUACUGUAUGGCACUACAACCAGUAGCCUAAAGGAUUCCCUUUUGUUGUAUGUAUCUGAACAAGAAAGAGCUGUCCUUAUGAGUGCUUUAAAAGACUUUGACUCUGUUGACUCAGAUGAACUGUUUGAUGUUCUUGAUGCACAUGAGUGCAAACAGGUCCCCAACAAAGACACACUCAUCCCUCUCCUAGCACAAAUAGGACACAAGGCCAUCAUACAGGCCCCAAUGUAUGUGAUUGAGUGUUGGCGUCCCAUUAUGGUGCAUGUGGCUAGUAUGCUACCACCAGAUGGUCUGCAUCAAGCAAUUAAACAGAAGAAACCAACUGCAAAAAUAGUAAAGGAGCUGUUACACUUCCCAGAUGACAUGACAGCAGCCCAGGCAGCGGUUGCACGCUAUCUGAAAAAGUACAUUGGUGAAAUUGAUCUGAACACCCUUCAGCUUUUCCUCCGGUUCUGUACUGGUUCAGAUUUAAUGGAUAGGCCUAUAACUAUUGAGUUCGUUGAAACUAGUGAUUUUCUACGCAGGCCACAAACACACACAUGCGGAUGCAUUUUAAAGCUCCCAGUAGGCUAUCACAGUUAUCCUGAUCUACGCAGUGAAUUCAAUAAGAUCCUGACAAGCUCCGUGUGGGCCAUGGAUAUUAUUUAAGUGCAUGAAAAUGAAUUGGAUGGUGACCAAAUUCUAUGAAAAAGCAUAAUGGGACAUAAAAAAUGUUGACACAGUUAAAAGCCUUUGGAACAAAAAUACUACAAAGAUAAUUGUACUGUUACCAAGAUUGUUACUGUUUUAC